AUGCCCCUUCUCCCCAAAAAUGACCCCCUCCAUCCCCGGUGGCUGCUUGAUACCGAGAAAUGGACUAUCCUUGAGUACCAGAAUAUCAAAGAGGAUGUGGUAAAGCAGGGAUACGGCAUCAUCUCUUACACCUGGGGUAGGUGGGCCAAAUGGGUCGAGCAACCCCCUGACCUGCCAUCCGGGCUACUGUGGCGAGUACCCCUCGUGACAGACUUGCCCCUGAGCCUGGCUCGAACGGUAGUCUCGAGUAUGAAGAUUCGAUACGUGUGGUGGGACUGGAUGUGUGUUCCACAGGAACCUCUACAGGACACUCCAGCGAAGUUGCGGGGUGAGCUUUUGAAAGCCAAAGGGGAAGAGGUUGGGAAGCAGAUGGCAAUUUACAAAGGGGCAAAGAAAAGCAUCGUGUGGCUUCAUCUCACGCAUUGGGGCAAGACCUCUGCGAUCGAGAGGCUACUGAUGAACCAGCUGCAAAAGAAGGACCUCCCCUCUUACCUGACUGCUGUCACUGCCCUGAUCAGCGAUAUGCAGAAAGCUGAGUCUUGGUUGACAUCUGGCUGGACACUACAGGAGGGGGUUCUUCUUAGCGAAACUCAUUUGUUAGAUCAUGGAGGAGCGACACUACACGGUAGCCAUUUCAUCCAUGAAGGCCAGGCCGCCGUUGUUAACCUCACAGCCGGUCUCACAAAAUUCGCAAUUGACAUCGCCACAGCCUUCCUAAAGCUCAGUGUGACACAAAAGGGUAGUGAUCAGGACGAGGUUGUUCAGUACAUCCGUGCCUCGGAGAAAAAUUACCAAUUCGUCGCACAGUUCCUCUCCCGUCUAGUGCGGUCAGGUUUGAUUGCCUACACUAAGAAGUCUCCACUGUACAUCUUGGCCGGAAAGUUCUCGCGCCGCUUCGGCGUGGACAAGGAUGAGUGCUGGGCAUUGUUGGGAGCACUGGAGCUAGAGAACGUGACACCCUGGUACGAAGCCACUCCGGGCAUAGAUCAGGUGAAGUCGGUCUUCUUUGAAAGUCUACUUCAGAAGUACCAGUGGUCGAUACUGCUCGUGGCCGGUGCAAGUGCAGACAACCAGAAGCUUGCUCGACUGCCGUGGCACACUAAAGUGACCGAUGGGAAACAUCUCCCCUUGGGAAUAUACUUCGACGUGAAUUGGAAGCCGAAACUCCCAACUCUGUCUUGGAAACGUCCUGCUAAGCCACAAGACGAUGCCAUUCAUAUCCAAAAUAAGAACGGGGCGCCAUUCGCUGUUGUAAAGCUUCGUGAGAAGGGCUCCGCGGAGUGUAGGCGUUACGAACAGCUUCCUACUUCCGAUGGGGCAGACUACAUUCGUGUUCUGUCUGUCAAGCCCUUGGACCAUUCGUCGGCAUUGUUCAUCCCAAUUGCAGACCUGGAAAGCAGGUCAAAGACGCCGGGUGCACGCUACAUUGAAAUUAUCCCCACUGGAACGACUUCAACCGGUAAAUUCAGGGGUGUGAUUGAUAUCUGGGCGACUAAAGAUUCCUUGGAGGAGGUUUCUCUAACCAAGCUCUCAAUGCUAAGCGGGGUCUGA